GUAAAAAGGUUGUGCAAAAAAGAGCCCCUCUUUUGCCGAGAUAAUAUCACACAAAUUCAAUAACAAAAGCAUAAAAAAAAAAAACCAAAAACAAAAACAAAAACGAACAAAUCUUCUAAUCUUUUGCAGAUCGAAUCCUAUGUAAUGUCCCCCUCUUUCUCCACUUAGAGAUCUGAUCGAGUUUCGAACAGUUCUGCACUUGAACCCUCCAAAGGCACGCCAGGUUUUCCUUUUUCACUGUGUAAGAUUUUGUGAAUUAACACGCAAUGAUUGAUGAGCCUUUAUAUCCCAUUGCGGUGUUGAUCGAUGAGCUUAAGAACGAGGAUAUCCAGCUUCGUUUGAACUCGAUUCGUAGGCUCUCUACAAUUGCACGUGCCCUUGGGGAAGAAAGGACACGAAAGGAAUUGAUUCCAUUUCUGAGUGAGAACAAUGAUGAUGAUGAUGAAGUUCUCCUUGCCAUGGCGGAAGAAUUGGGAGUUUUUAUUCCUUAUGUUGGAGGUGUGGAAUAUGCUAAUGUUUUGCUACCUCCAUUAGAGACUCUUUGCACUGUUGAGGAAACUUGUGUGAGGGAUAAGGCUGUAGAGUCAUUAUGUAGAAUUGGUGCCCAGAUGAGGGAGCAGGACUUGGUUGAGUCCUUUAUUCCAUUAGUGAAGAGAUUGGCUGCUGGUGAGUGGUUUACAGCUCGAGUUUCCUCGUGUGGCUUGUUUCAUAUUGCAUACCCAAGUGCCCCAGAGGCAUUAAAAACUGAACUAAGAGCAAUAUACAGUCAGCUUUGCCAGGAUGACAUGCCCAUGGUUAGGAGAUCUGCUGCAACAAAUCUUGGAAAAUUUGCUGCUACUGUAGAAGCACCUCAUUUGAAGGUGGACAUCAUGUCUAUGUUUGAUGAUUUGACACAGUAUGAUCAAGAUUCUGUUCGAUUAUUGGCUGUUGAGGGUUGUGCAGCGCUUGGAAAGUUGUUGGAACCCCAAGAUUGUGUGGCACAUAUUCUCCCUGUCAUGGUUAAUUUCUCACAGGACAAGUCUUGGCGUGUCCGCUACAUGGUUGCAAAUCAAUUGUUUGAGCUGUGUGAAGCUGUUGGUCCUGAGCCUACCAGGUUGGAUCUAGUACCUGCAUAUGUUCGUCUACUUCGUGAUAAUGAAGCCGAAGUAAGGAUAGCUGCUGCUGGAAAAGUAACUAAAUUUUGCCGAAUUCUGAAUCCAGAAUUAGCAAUUCAGCAUAUUCUUCCUUGUGUUAAGGAACUAUCAACAGAUUCAUCCCAGUAUGUUCGUUCUGCUUUGGCUUCAGUUAUAAUGGGAAUGGCGCCCGCUUUAGGGAAGGAUGCGACCAUAGACCAAUUGCUUCCCAUAUUUCUUUCUCUUCUGAAAGAUGAAUUUCCGGAUGUUCGACUGAAUAUCAUUAGCAAGCUUGAUCAAGUCAACCAGGUGAUUGGAAUUGAUCUGCUGUCCCAGUCUCUAUUGCCAGCAAUUGUGGAGCUUGCAGAGGAUAGGCACUGGAGGGUUCGGCUUGCAAUAAUAGAAUACAUACCUCUAUUGGCAAGUCAGUUGGGUGUUGGCUUUUUUGAUGACAAACUUGGUGCACUCUGCAUGCAAUGGUUAAAAGAUAAGGUUUAUUCCAUUCGUGAUGCUGCUGCUAAUAAUGUGAAGCGCCUUGCAGAAGAAUUUGGGCCUGACUGGGCAAUGCAGCACAUAGUUCCACAGGUUUUGGACAUGAUUAACAACCCUCAUUAUUUGUAUCGAAUGACCAUUCUACAUGCAAUUUCUCUACUUGCGUCUGUUAUGGGCUCCGAUGUUACUUGUUCAAAGCUUCUCCCUGUGGUUAUUAAUGCUUCAAAAGAUAGGGUACCCAACAUCAAGUUUAAUGUGGCCAAGGUGCUGCAAUCACUAAUUCCAAUUGUUGAUCAAUCUGUGUUGGAGAAGACAAUCCGUCCAUGCUUAGUUGAAUUGAGUGAGGAUCCUGAUGUUGAUGUCAGGUUUUUCGCCAGCCAAGCCCUACAAUCAAUUGAUCAUGUCAUUAUGUCUAGCUAGAUUGUAUCUUUAGUCCUUUUUUUUUUAAUUGUAUUUUUACCCUUUAAAAUUCAACAACUCACUUGCAGAUAUAUGUAAUCUUGUUAUUGAGGUGCCGAGUUCCUUUUGUCAAACAAUUCGCUUGAGAAGAACAUGUUUCGGCAUAUUUUCACUUGCCUCGAUCAAGCAAUUUCUUGAUAUAUAUGGUACUAUUAUAAGUAAAUGGUAGAUUACAAAACAAAAUAAUAAUUAAAUUAGCCAGGUAUAUCUAAUUGGGGAUGAUUAAAAUCAGUUUAAACUUGGAUCUGACAUUUGGGCUUGUUGUGCUUCAAAAGUUAACCUUUUUCAUUUUACGAGGAAAGAAAAAGUAGAGUUCGUAUUUGGCCGUUAAGUGCCAGAAAGUUGUGAAGGUUAGCACCUUAAAUCUUACUUGAGUAUCACUUUUGAUGUAAUUCCAAAUCACAAGAAAUCUGAAGGGACAUUUAUUAUUCACUAACUUCGAAGCUGGUUGCCUCUGAUCUAUAGGAGACUGCAAAUUUUGUCAGAGUUGCUUGUAAUGUGAUUUUUAUUUCUUCUGAACAAUCGAAAUCUGCUGAUAGAAUCAAUCUUUCCUAAAAUGUUUUUCAUGGUUGGUGAAUGGUUUUGUUUUUGUGCCCAUUAUCAAAUGUUUCUGUAUGAUGACCAGAGAAGGUGACACCAUAAUAA